ACGGCGACGGCAACGGCAACAAAAUGGGGAGGAGAGAGAAAAGCGAAACCGGACAAAAAGAGAUGGAGGAGAACGGAGGAAGCGACGGUGUUAGCAACGCCCACUGGUGGUGGGCUUUGGCCGGCGCAACACAGCUUGGUUGGGGUAUCGCCUCUUUUCGGCGAGGAUUGAUCGGCAAUUCCAGCCUCAUGCCCUUAAAGGCCUUCGCCGUUGCUUCGCUUUUCGUCGGCGGCGGCGCCUCGUGUGCCAUCGCUUCCCUCAAGGCCUCUGGCAUCCACAAGGUGGAAGACGUGAUGGAAGUAGGGGCUAGUAUUAGGAGUGGAUUGGGGAUUCGUCCAAGGCCACAAGAUGAAUGAAUCUUAUUCUAUUCUAUUGGUAACCUGAGAACAUCUUCUCCUUCACCUUCACCUUCUCCUUCACCUUCACUUUCAGGAAUCCAAAUUCAUACCACAGACGACUGUGCACCUUCUUUGAUGGUGAAACAGUCACGAGGGGUCCGAUUCCUUAAUUAAAGGACUCCUGAAAUUAUUUUGUGUGUACCACUGAAAUGGCAUUAAGGAUUAAGAACCUGUUGGAAUCACUUUUUUCUAUCUCCAUUACUUUACUUCACUGCUUACUUUUAUAUGUCCAUGACCUUCCUUCGCUUACAUUUCCUUUUUUUCCUUCUAUUUUGGUAAAAUCAUCUUUUCUGAA